AAUGCAAGCAGUACAGUAUGCGCAGUAUGUCAGUCGGGUCAGUCGGAGUGACGUUUAGGUUUGGAGGUGAACCACAACAAAGAUUUUCUGGAAGAAAAUCUUAAGUUUUUCGCACUAAUUCAUCGACAAAACACCAUGGGAUUCUCACUAAAAGUGAAAACAAAGACUGGACAACAUAUCCUACGGGAUGUGUCACCCUCCCUCACGCUAUCACAGCUCAAAUCGCAAAUAGUGGAAUUUACGAAACUUCGUCCGGAAUCAAUGCACAUUCUCGUGGGUUUCCCGCCUAGGAAACUCAAUAUGUCCGGACUGGAGGAGUCCAUAACGGCCAGUGGGAUCGUUAAUGGGGAUACAUUGAUUGUGGAGGAGGUUGUGGGUGAAGUGCCGAGUGUUGAGCGACGGGAAGAUGCUCUUCUAGCUGCUCAGUCAGCUGCAGUGGCUGAUGAUGAGUUUGCUGGGCUUCUGCUGAAGAAAGUCGUGCCAGCAGAUAAUUCGUGCCUGUUCACGAGCAUCGGAUAUGCCCUCAAUGGGACUGUCAAUACGGAUUGUGGAGUGUUGAUGAGACAAAUCAUUGCUGAACAUGUGGCUGCGGAUCCUGAUACGUUUAGUGAAGCUUUUUUGGGGCGCCCCAAUCGUGAAUACUGUGCUUGGAUUUUGAGAGAUGACUCCUGGGGUGGAGCUAUUGAGGUCUUUAUCCUGUCGAGUUUCUAUGGACUGGAAAUUGAUGUGGUGGACAUCACAAAUGCCAUCAUAAAUCGCUUUGGUGAAGACAAGAAUUAUGGUCAGAGGAUUUUUCUCCUCUUCGACGGAAUCCACUAUGAUCCUCUGUACCUAGAAUCCCUCACGGGAGCAACACCCCGGACAAUCUUCCCAGUUGAGGCUGAGAGCAUUUACAUGCAAGCUGAACAAUUGGCGAAGGAAGCUCAAGCUUCUAAGCAAUUUACGGAUGUCAAUCGCUUCACACUGCGUUGCCUGGUGUGUGAUUGUCAUCUGGUGGGGCAGGUGGAGGCCCAGGCGCACGCCAAAUCUACCGGACACGCAAACUUCGGUGAAGUCUGAGCGCCAAGUCAGAUCGUACACCUCCAGUCAAUCGCACCCAAUUGAUAUUAAUUCUCUGGAAGGACGACAUACGGUGCAUCACGUCAAAUUGAACAGUUAUAAAAGAAAUUGUACACAAAAUUGCAUUUUCAUCAUUAUUUUUGCCCCCGGAAAAAUCUCAAAUAAAAAAUUUCCCUCAUAAAAAAAAA